CUUUCCAUGAGUCUAAAUUGACUAACUGUGAUUUUCUAUUUUAAGAGUAGCAAUAUUUAUUGCAUCAACUGGAAACCGUUGGAAAGAAAUCUUUUAUCAAGUUUCUUACAUAUAUUUAUAAUAACUAGUGAGAAGUGUGAAUCUUUUACGUAGUUUACAAGACAAUCAACGACUGCUGCAAGGGCAUAAUCGCAAUCAGUAAUUCCGACUUCUGCUUAUUCUUCUUGUUGGAUCAGCGAAUCAAGUUUUGCCUUAAUCUCCGCGACCUUAUUAACUUUCUCCUACUUUUACAUAUUUUUAAAAUCAGAAACAGUGACUAAAACGUUUGGAGUGUUUUAUUCAAUAAUUGUGCAAUUUGCGAACUCUGGCGGUUUCAAGUUACUGUAACUUGCACAGAGGUUGUAUAACUGAAGAAAUGUUAGCGUAGCAGGGUGUUCAUUUGAUCCAGCUGCUUGCCGAAUGGCGCCAAAAAAUUAAUGAAAUAAACAAAUAAUCGCGAAUGUUAUUGGAGCAAAGCAUCAAGGUUGCAAUGAUUAUACCUCCAAUGCAUCUUGAUUAAUUUUUCCGGUUAAAAGGUAUUCGAAUUGAAAUUUGUCUCGUAUGUAAAUGCACAUUUCAAUAGACAACUCCAAAGUAACGCAAAGCCCUUCCGCAGAGCUAUCGCUUAGGAAUUCAUGCUCGGUUAUGGCGCGUUCAACCUUGUUGGACUCCUAUUCGUUUAACCAGAGUAAAGAUUUCAGCACCUAGCCAGAUUUAUAGAAUAUUUAUAUUACAAUCUGACAGGACUUGUGUCAGUGUUUUACUAUAUAAAAAUAACAAUAUUCAUAACCUAUUCAUCUCUGUCUAGAAUAAUACCGGAAAAAAAAGUGACAACAAACGACAAACAGAAUACUUCGAUUUAAAAUAGGUUAUGGUUGGAAGUAGAUGAAAUAAACCGGGUGAUUGCGCAUGCGUACAAACAGGCUCUCCGACGCCAGUGCCUCAUAUUCCGAACUAAAAUCUGGAAUCUCAACCGGCACGUUCAUUUUUGCUAAGUGCCCAGCAGUGCUCAGACCUGUAUACAUAUAAGACCAUGGACGGGGAUAACCAAAGUGAAGACGGAGAAAUUAAGAAAAGCCCAACAAAAGAUAUGGAUGAAUUUAGCUUUUCUGAGGAAGAUGGAGCCGAUACUGCUGAUUCACUCGAUAUUAAACCACCACAAGCCGUAAUUCGCCACCGUAAGAUAACUUCCUCCCAUAGACGGGAAAAGCACAGUGAGCGUCACGAGCGCAGGGAAGAGAAAGAACGCAAAUCGCGACAUCACGAAAGAACUGAAGAACGGCACCGUGAUAAACACAGACACAGAAGACACAUAGAAGGCAUGGAACGUUCAGAUCGUUCAGAUGGUUCCAAACGAGAGAGAGAUAGAGUUGAACGUAUGGAAGGUCAUGGCAGAGAACGUGAAUCCAGACAUGAAAGAAAAGAGAGAAAUGCUGGAGAUCGUGUCCUAGAAGAAGAUUUGAGAGAACGUAUUUCAGUUCAUUAUAAUAAUUCCAGGCUACUGGAUAAACGAAGAGAAAGGCGAGAAGAUCCUCGAGAAAUGCGAGAAUCCAGAAGGGAUGAAUCUAGAGAAAUUCGCGACACGCGUGAAUUUCGAGAAAUACGAGAACGACGUGAGAUCCGGAUUGACGAAAUGCGAGAUCGAAGAGAAAUACGAGUAGAAGAUCGUAGACACAUUCGUGUUAUCGAAGAGCAAUACUCAGAAACAGAGAUAAUAGAACGUCCUGAACGAGAAAAGAGGCACAAAAGGUCUCACAAGCAUGAAAGAACAAGGGAUCGUGAGCACCGUGAUAAAAUUGAGCGAGAAAGAGAACAUCGCGAGAAACAAUUGCGCGAAGCUAUGGACGUUGUUGAGGAACCUGAAGACAUUGAUGAAAUGGAAGUAGAGUCUACGAUUCAGACAAAAGAUCCUAAGGAGAUGAGUGAACAGGAGCUUCGUAAGGAAAGUAAUGAACUGUCCCUCUUGCCAUUGUACCAAAGGUUACUAGAGGCUGACAGAGAAAUGGCAAGAAGAAAAGAAGUCUCAAGAAUGGAGUUAGAAGCUAGAAGACUGAAAAGAGGUGAGAAGAGAUCUCACAGUCCCGAUCCAAGUCAGGAUCCUUCUAUCGUUGAGUUAUCUGAUGAUAGUCCUAGCCCUAUUCAUUCAGAUGAGGUCCGCUCAAAGUCUAUUGAGUCUCAACAUUCGUCAGAGGAGCGUAGAAGUGCGAGGGAAAGAUCAUCUGAGCGAUCAGAUUCGUCAGAUUCUAGUAGUGAUGAAGACGAAGACUCAAACGAGUCGAACAAAGGGUCAAAUGAAGAGUCGGUUGAUGGCUCAGAUUAUAAUAACCCAAGUCCAUUGUCCGUAGACAGGCUAGCAAAAUCUGAUCAUUCCGAUGGUGAUUCACCAGGUCGUAUUGAUUCGAAUGGCGCUGCUAAGGAUGUGGAAGAAUCGGAAAAGAAAGAAGAGGAGGAAACGGAACCGGUGCUACCACCGUAUUUACCAGCCAUUCAAGGAUGUAGAAGCGUCGAAGAGUUCCAAUGCCUAAAUCGAAUUGAAGAGGGAACUUAUGGUGUCGUCUAUCGAGCUCGCGAUAAACGUACCGAAGAGAUUGUUGCUUUAAAACGUUUGAAAAUGGAGAAGGAGAAAGAAGGCUUUCCAAUAACCAGUUUAAGGGAAAUAAAUACCUUGUUAAAAGCACAGCAUCCAAAUAUUGUUACGGUACGUGAAAUUGUAGUAGGAAGUAACAUGGAUAAGAUUUUCAUAGUGAUGGAUUACGUCGAACACGAUUUGAAGUCACUAAUGGAAACCAUGAAGCAGAAAAAGCAAGUCUUCAUUCCAGGAGAGGUCAAGUGUCUAAUGCAACAGUUACUGCGGGCUGUGACACAUCUACACGACAAUUGGAUUCUUCAUCGUGACCUCAAAACAUCAAAUUUACUUUUGAGUCAUCGAGGAAUACUCAAGGUCGGCGAUUUCGGUCUGGCCAGAGAAUAUGGAUCGCCUUUAAGGCAAUAUACACCUGUUGUAGUGACACUUUGGUACCGUGCACCAGAACUUCUGCUUAAUGGAAAUGAGUACAGUACGCCUAUCGACAUUUGGUCAGUUGGUUGCAUCUUUGCUGAGUUACUCCGCAUGGAAGCUUUGUUCCCUGGCAAGUCGGAGAUUGAUCAACUAAAUCGAAUAUUCAAAGAACUUGGAACACCAAGUGAUCGCGUUUGGCCAGGAUAUAGUAAAUUACCAAUGGUUCAGAAAAUACCAUUUGCUCAUUAUCCUGUUAAUAAUCUUCGACAGAGAUUCAGCCUAUCCUUAUCAGAUCUAGGCAUCGAGCUCCUUAAUAAAUUCUUGACAUAUGAUCCACAACAGAGAAUCGCAGCUGAGGAUGCUUUAAAACAUGGUUACUUCACUGAAGCUCCUUUACCCAUAGAUCCUGAAAUGUUCCCAACCUGGCCAGCAAAGUCUGAAUUGGGUGUACGCACAGCAAAUGCCUCUCCAAAACCACCAAGUGGUGGACGAGAAUAUAAACAACUUGGCGAUGGAGAUGAUGGCGAUCAACUCGGAUCUUCCUCUGGAUUUCAUAUGGGACUAUUGGAAAGAGGUAGACCUCCUCCUAUGGGUGGUGGGUUCCAUUUGAAAUUUUAAUAUAUCAUUAGCACCAAUUACUUGUAAUAUUUAUUCUGUAGUCAAUGAAAUAAUUCCAAUAUAAAUAUUUAAAUAAAUUUAUUUUUAUAUGUUUUAUUUCAUGAGUGAAUUGUAUUGGAUUAUUCGCAAGAUUAAGCUUAGAUUUAAAAUUGCGAUGUGUACAUUCAAUGUAAUAUAAGAACAAACAUGUAAUUUCUUCUACGACAUUCAAAUAUAGAUAAUGCAAAUAAA